AAACCCCACACAUACAAAUUACAAUACAAAACAACCCCACAUCGACAUCUCCAUGUAUAAACCUACCUAAACAAACAACAUAUACUCCCUAGCACUAGCAGAGGCUUCCGAGCUAUCAAUCUCUCCGAACGGAACAAAACAACAGAAACUUCGAUGGACAUGGAGGCUCACGAGUCGCCGCCACCGCCUUCAUCCCUAACUCGGCUCAACAACUACGUCGCCAAAACCCGAGUCGGCAAGCACUUCAAACUCGCCGAGCGCAACUCCACUUUCACCACCGAGCUCCGCGCCGGCACCGCCACGUUCCUCACCAUGGCCUACAUCCUCGCAGUCAACGCCUCCAUUCUUUCCGACUCCGGUGGUACCUGCUCCGUCUCCGACUGCAUCCCUCUCUGCUCAGACCCGACCCAGUCCCUCCAAAACUGCACCGGGUCCGUCAUCCAACCGGACUCCACGUGCAAAUUCGACCCGGUCAACCCUGGCUACUCCGCCUGCUUGGAAAAAGUCCGAAAAGACCUCAUCGUUGCCACCGUUGCGUCCUCCCUCAUCGGCUGCUUAAUCAUGGGCGCCUUCGCGAAUCUCCCGCUCGCUUUAGCUCCGGGUAUGGGCACCAACGCCUAUUUCGCAUACACCGUCGUCGGGUUUCAUGGGUCGGGUAAUGUCUCGUACCAGAGCGCAUUGGCCGCCGUGUUUAUCGAAGGCUUGAUUUUCCUCUUCAUCUCCGCAAUCGGGUUGCGCGCUAAGCUCGCGAAAUUGGUUCCAAAACCGGUUCGGAUCAGCUCCUCCGCGGGUAUCGGACUCUUUCUGGCGUUUAUCGGGUUGCAGAACAAUCAGGGAAUCGGGUUAGUCGGGUACAGUUCAUCGACGUUAGUGACGCUUGGAGGCUGCCCCGCUUCCUCGCGGGCAUCUUUGGCUCUCAUAACGGCAGUUAACGGCACCGUUAGUUUGAUCCAGGGUGGUGCCGUUUCGGGGGAUAUUAUGUGCCUCCGGGACCGAAUGGAAAGCGCCACGCUUUGGCUCGGCUUGGUCGGCUUCGUAAUUAUUGCGUAUUGUUUGGUUAAAAAUGUGAAGGGGGCGAUGAUUUACGGGAUUGUUUUCGUAACGGCCGUUUCGUGGUUCCGUAACACCAAAGUAACGGCGUUUCCCAAUACGGAUGCGGGAGACUCAACGUAUGAAUACUUCAAGAAGGUGGUUGAUAUACAUACGAUUGAGAGUACGGCCGGGGCACUAAGCUUCAAGAGUAUCGGGAAGGGGUAUUUUUGGGAAGCACUAAUUACAUUUUUAUACGUAGACAUACUAGACACGACCGGUACUCUCUACUCCAUGGCCCGGUUCGCCGGAUUCUCAGACGAAAAUGGCAAUUUCGAAGGUCAAUAUUUUGCUUUCAUGUCGGAUGCUUCGUCUAUUGUGGUGGGUUCCUUGUUGGGCACGUCACCCGUGACAGCAUUUAUCGAGUCCUCCACGGGGAUACGGGAGGGUGGACGUACGGGGCUAACGGCGUUGACGGUGGCGGGGUAUUUCUUUUUGGCGUUUUUCUUCACGCCGCUAUUGGCUUCGAUACCGGCUUGGGCGGUGGGGCCGCCCCUGAUCUUGGUUGGGGUGCUGAUGAUGAAAUCAGUGGUGGAGAUUGAGUGGGACGACAUGAGGCAGGCGAUCCCGGCGUUUGUGACGUUGAUUUUGAUGCCGUUGACUUACUCCAUUGCGUAUGGGCUGAUAGGUGGGAUCGGAACAUUCGUAGUGUUGCACGUAGGGGAUUGGGGCCAUGAACUUUUGGUCAAAUUAGGGUUUUUAAAGGGGGGAGCAGGAGGUGUUGUGGUCAAUGGGGCACAUGAUCAAAGUAGAGAAAAAGAUGCAAAAGUACUAGAAAUUGGAGUUUGAGAUUUUUAAUUUCACCAAAUGUAACAAAAUUGGGGUGGUUCAAAGAAAAAUGUACAUAUUUUACAUAUUGUUUCAAAUGUCUUGCUAGACUUUUGGAUUUAUGUUAAUUUUAUUUUUCGGAAUUGAUAGCUAUUUUGUUUUGUAUACAAACGAUGUUUAGCUGAUGCACGGUAAUGUUACUCA